AUGCCGACCGGGCUGCUGCUGAGCGGCACCGCCUUCGCGCUGCUGCUCGCCUAUACGGUGCGUUUCCUCGCGGUCGGGAUGGCCAACGUCGCACCGGGCCUGGCCGCGAUCGAUCCCGCGAUGGACGCGAGUGCGCGCGUGCUGGGCGCGCGCCCCAACCAGGUGCUACGGUAUAUCCAUCUGCCCAUGCUGCGCGCGCCGGCCCUGACGGCGGGGAUCGUGGCGUUCGUGGAAGUGCUGAAGGAAUUGCCGGCGACGCUGCUGAUCCGGCCGUUCAAUUUCGACACACUGGCUGUCGGCGUCUUCCGAUACGCAUCCGACGAGCGCCUUGCUCAGGCGGCCGUC